AUGAGCUACUUUAGAGAGAGCAAUGGCUCUUUAAGAGCUUUAGCGCUUAACAAAUUGGCCUGUAACGCCGCCGCAUGUCAAUCGGGAGGUUUGCUAGAAAAGCUUUUGGCCUCAUUGCCCGUGUCAUAUUCUUCAAAUACGACGAAGCUCUACUCCAUUCCGUUGACUCUUAACGAAGUCGAGAUUCUCUUGGCCAUUUGUGCUUCUGUACCAGCAGAUGAACUGCAAGCGCGUUCUCUAUUAAAGAAGUGCGUGUUCCCUUACUUUUUAGCUAGCCCAAAGCAAAAGUUCACAGAUUACGUUGUCAACAAGUAUAAGCAACGGAACUUGAAGCACCCCUCAGAGCUGCUUUCCUUCGAGCUCGCUCGCUUCGUGAUUCGAGCCAACAGAAUGUUUCCACAACUAAUAUCCUACACUUGCCGCCUGGUAGACGAAUAUCUGCAAGUUGUUUCAAACGGACUGACGGUUGAAGGCUUACUAUCACUCAUGGGGUUCAUGGAGGGAAUGAUUUUUGAAGAGGGACAGGGCUUGGCUUCCAUGCUGGUUCCUACUCUUCGUCAUUUUAUGACAGAAGAGUUUCUGUGCGCAGUGGAGAUAGCUACAAGAUCAUCGAGUAGUAAAGACGUCCUCAUGUACUAUUUCGACAACGACAGAGAAGUUUCGGCGUUGCUGUUUUGUGAGUUGUUAGAGAGGCUCCAAGUUACCUAUGUUUGCCAGCUAUUGGCCGUACCUGAAGGUAAAUCAUUAGAUGAGUUCUUAUUAGAAGUUCAGCACACUCAUGCCAAAAACGAUGACUCGGAUCUCUACAAAGAAUUUGACAAAAUGAUUGACAAGCACAAGGGUCCACUUUUGGAAAUGUGUGCCUUCUCCUUCAAGCAGUUGUCCGAGAUUGAACAAGGUGCGAAAUACAUUGAUUUUUCAAGUCAAACUCGAUUAGAGACUGCUCUGAGGUCUAAGGCACAUAUGCUGAAAAUUCUCGCCCUAGGAAUGUUUCUUCAAUAUGAGUUUGAAGAAGUGACCCAAGUCGUCAGGGAUACAGUCAUGAGUUUGCCAACAAAUGGUUGUGCUUUCAAAACUCCUUUACUCGCGACUGCCGUGGCAGUCGCGUCGUUAAUGAACUUCUUCACAGAGGCUGUCUCUGCGGACUUACUACGUGUAUUUCCCAUGCUGGUGGCGACGAAGAAUCUUUCAAGGGUGACGAUCUCUGAGAUCUCAACAGCCUUCGCGAAGGGAUUGGCUCCUCUUACUGAAGACACAAUUGUAGGGACGAUUUACACUAUAAACAAUUUGUUAGCUCUCGCGCAAGAUGGCCAACCAAUUCCAACAAUCAAGGGGCGGCGAUUGACAACAUCUUUGGAUAAUGAGCACGACUUCGAACGAAUGAUAUCUCAGAGGCCUGCUCGUUCAAAUACAGUUGCAACUUUUCAAUCGUUACAGAAGUUGAAACUUUCAGAUAUCAUUCCUUCAAGCUCAGAGUCAAACUCGCGAGGCGCAGAACAUGAUCGAAGCUCGCUUGCACAAGAGGAAGAGGGUGGACAUCGCGUUCAUGAUCAUGAGGAAUUGUUUCAAAAUAUCAUAACCGCAAUCACAUGUAUCGCUUCCAUCUAUAAUGAUCAGUCUAUUACCGCCCUGACAAUCACAAUGCUGACACAAAAAUAUGGAUCUAUAUCGCCAAGUCUAAACUCAGAAAUACUGCAGGGAUUAGCACAUUUGGCUUUGAAAGUUACCACUUCAGAGUUCAAUUUGCUCAUGAAGUUCUUUAACGCUGUAACUAACCACGCAUUAGAGAUAAAGGAUACGUCCAUCAUCAACAGCAUUGCUGAAGCCAAGUCUACUAUCGCGGUAGGUCUCUCUGCAGCUCCUGAAAGUAAGCUCUACAGCCUCUAUCUCCGUUAUUUGUUAGAUGCCAUCGUGGCUCGAGGAGAUGUCGACCGCUCUGAACACCACAGGUCCCAUUCCGAAAUCUCAGAAGUUGCUAAUCAAAUUGCUUUCUAUCUGAGGCCCUUGUCAGGUCUCUUGCCCAAGCCUGGAUCUACACCAAUUGAUCUCACGCACGAUGAUGAACUGACCAACAAGUUUAGGAACGUUUGGUUUAACGCUGUUGUUCAUGGAUUUCAUGGAGAGGCUCCGUUGUUCAAGAAAUUUCAUGAAGAGCUUUUAACAAUAUCCUACAACUCACCCCCGCUAGCUUCAGACUUUCCAGUAAAUAACCGCGAAACGUCUCUUGAGAUGAACACAAUACUUCGCCGAGGCUCUUCAAAUCACAACUUAAAAGAUCAAAAGCAUCUAAUUGCGGAUUUUUUGUCCAUUAGUUUAGUACAAGCAAGGACACUCUCCACGUCGAAAGUUAUGUUCUUGGCGGCAACAUUUUUACUGGAAAACCUUAGGUGCGAGGCAGGGGACUGUUCGCAUGCUUUGCUAUAUUCCUCUGACAGGUCUAUUGCCAAAAGUAGCAUCGAUAAGUUUGUUACGUCCAUUUCCAUGGCGAUGAUUAAAAAGUAUACCAACCUUGUCAUUCAUGGCAAUCCGCGAAAUUUUGGAGCAGAAAGUGCUGCAAUUCAACUAACCAAUAUCAUUAUUCUAUUGACCCACAGUGAUAUUGCAUUACAGGAUACAGCCUAUCUCUGCUGCGAUGAAUUUAUUGAAAGACUUCCCUCGAGUCUUUGUCACCGUGACUCCUUGUACACAUUGUUAGACUCGCUCUCGAUGCUUUUCGAAAGUGUUAUAGCCUGUGAAACCAGCAAACAUGAAGCGGUUUUCGAUUUCACCUUGAAACAUUCCAAAAGAAAAAUGACUUUGCCCGACUCAUAUCACUGGAGGUCUUCCACUUUGGAAAAGCUUCAAAAAUUUGCAACACGUUGGGUAACGGUCAUUUUGAAAACUGCAAAUCAGGAUGCGAAGAUAUUGUUGCAAUCUUAUAUCUCCGACUUGAGCAGUGUUCAGAGGCUGAACAGUGUCGAGUUUGGUGUAUCCUUUGCGCUGGAAAUGGCAGCUAAGAUUUUGCCAGUUGACAGGGAGCUAGCCAAUAUUACUAGAAGUGGAUAUCGCCGACCAGAUAGCAUGUCCGGAUUUCUGUCACAACACGCUUGGAGAUCGAGGUUCAUGAAAGAUCAGAGUGUUUCCUCCUCUUACCAUGAUAUCGAUAAUGAGAGAUUCCAACUGAGGUCCAAAAUUGAGGAGGCGCUCAACAAGGGUAAGCCUUCUACCAUUAGUGACAUAAGUGACUUUCUUGACCUAUCCGCAUCUCUUCUAGUAUUGGAAAAGGGAAACGCGGCUACUUUGAUUUACGAUAUCGUUAACAUUCCAUUUAGAGUUUUUUCCUCUGAGGCUAUUAAGAUAGCAACGAAUGUCUGGCUAUCAGUCAUGAAAGAAAGGAGUGACGUAUGCUACUUGCUAUUGUCAGAGAUCAGCAAUUGUUGGAGACAUUCCAUUGAAGACAGAGAGGGCCUCUAUUCGAGCGAACAUGACCUUCAGGUGGAAGAGUUCAACCAAAUGGAGUACUCUCCCUAUAACAAGAAAGAUAUAAACAUUCGUGCACAUACUGCUAGCAAAUGUCUGCAGCCUCACCUAUUGAUAAUCAGGUUCCUCACCUCCCAUUUUGAGGGGACAAUGUUUGACAGCACGCACUUACUUCAGAUGUUCACAGAUAUGUGUCUGCGGGGUUUAGCAAACCUAAGUAAGGCAAGCUUGCAUCCUUUCGCAAGGAUGGCCCGAAGUGAGCUGUUGAUCUUUGGAACGCUGGUAUUUUCAACGAAUUUAAAGUAUGGUACACGCUAUGUGUCCAGUAUGUGCUACGCGUUAGUUGAUGCUGCGCUGAGUUGGUAUGAGAAACCGAAGGCAUGGCCCUUCGCAGCCAACGAACUGAAAAUUAGAGCAGAUUUAGCACUACUCGUAGAGCUUUACAAAAAACUGAAACAAAGCGAAGCAGCACUCGGCAAAGAUCGCGGUAAAGAUCUCGUAUUGCUUCAAUAUUUCAUGCUCAGCGAAAUUCAAUCUGUUGAGUGCUGGUUACGGCCAUUGGCAAGACCAGCUGAUGUAAUGAAAUUACCACGGAAUCUCAUAUCGGUGGCUUUCGAAAAGAAUCCACUCCUAGCAGCAAAUUUGGUCGAUAGGUAUCCAUCAAAAAAAGCAGAUGAAAUGCUGAGAGAGUUGGUCGUCAAGAACCCUCUAUUGUGCGUUAGUACCGAAAAGACUUUGGCUCCGUUCCUCUCUAGUGCAAAAGAUUUUCAUUUCAUUCUCUAUUGGGUCUCUACAAGUCCUCUGCAAUCAAUUAACCUUCUCUUACCUCCGUGGGCUUUGAACAACUAUGUCGUGCAAUAUAACAUCCGAGCUCUCGAGUCUCAUGAUGUGAACUUGACCUUCUUCUACGUCCCGCAAAUUGUUCAGUGCGUGAGGUGUGAUCCAAUGGGAUAUGUUGAGCGGUUUAUCAUCGACACUGCAAAAAUCAGCGUUUUGUUCUCGCAUCAAAUAAUUUGGAACAUGCUGGCCAAUAGUUUUAAAGACGAUGACGGCGAAGUGCCCGACGAAUUGAAGCCUAGGUUGGACGAAAUUCAAAACAAAAUGGUGAAGGCUCUCAGUAAGGAACAAAAAGACCUUUACGAGCGUGAAUUUGAGUUCUUCAAUGAAGUUACUGGCAUAUCAGGAAAAUUGAGGCCUUUUGUUAAGAAAACGAAAGCUGAGAAAAAGCAAAAGAUAGACGAAGAGAUGCAGAAAAUCAAGGUUCGCGAUGGCGUGUAUUUACCUUGUAAUCCCGACGGUGUUGUGGUAGAUAUAGAUCGAAGCAGCGGGAAACCUUUGCAAAGCCACGCCAAAGCACCAUUUAUGGCUACCUUCAAGAUUGAAAAGACCAUUAAAGACCUCGAAAAAAAUGAGGAUCGAAAAGUUGAGGAAUGGCAGGCCGCCAUUUUCAAGGUAGGUGACGACUGUAGACAAGAUGUGUUGGCAUUGCAAUUGAUUUCCAUAUUCCGUACCAUUUGGUCGUGCGUAGGCCUGGAUGUGUAUGUGUUCCCCAACAGAGUCACAGCCACGGCCCCUGGUUGCGGUGUGAUUGAUGUAUUGCCCAACUCUAUUUCGAGAGACAUGUUAGGAAGAGAAGCUGUGAAUGGCCUUUACGAGUACUUCACAACGAAAUUUGGACAUGAAAAUACUGCAGAAUUCCAGCGCGCCCGCAAAAACCUUGUCCGAUCUCUCGCUGGGUAUUCCGUAAUUUCCUAUCUGUUGCAAUUCAAAGACAGACACAACGGAAACAUCAUGUACGAUGACCAGGGCCACUGCCUGCACAUCGAUUUUGGUUUUAUAUUUGAUAUUGUUCCUGGUGGUGUGAAAUUCGAGGCUGUGCCGUUUAAGCUAACUAAGGAAAUGGUUAGAGUUAUGGGGGGGUCUCCUGACACUCAGGCUUACAAAGAGUUUGAAGAGUUGUGUAUCAAGGCGUAUUUGGCUGCGCGCCCGCAUAUGAAUGCUAUCUUGGAAUGUGUCAGGCCGAUGCUGAGCAGUGGACUACCUUGCUUCAAAGGCGAAAAAACGAUGCGUAAUUUAGAGUCGCGGUUUGCACCAAAUAAAACAGAACACGAGGCGGCUGAGUUUAUGAUGGGGCUAAUCAAAAAAUCCUAUGAGAGCAUUUUCACCAAGGGCUACGACGAGUUCCAGCGCCUAACGAAUGGAAUUCCCUACUGA